CCCCGGAGCUGUUUAGGCGCCGCUGACAGCAAGUGCCGCUGAAAGGGGUCACUUCUAAACGCCGCCCCGACGGAGGAGGCAGCGACUCAGUGGACGGGGGAACUUCACAAUUCUACUUCUAUGACUCACGGCAUUGUCACACGCUUUAUAAAUAUGGGAUCUCCCCUAUGUGGAUCGCACACUUGACCAACUACGCCGCGCAAGGCUCUCGAUGGACCAUUUGAAUUCGGCGAUCCUCUCUGGGUAGAUGUGGUACAGUGCAGGAGGUAGUUGUGGAGAGGGGGUUUGUGCGCUCGUGUGCGUGUGCGCGUUUGUGUGAAUGUGCACUCCUAGAAUAGAAAGCCAAAGGAAGAAGAAGAAGAAGAAGGAGAAGGAGAAGAAGAAGAAGAGAGGCGGGAUCGGUGUGCUGAGAUCCAGGGUGAAGCUGAAUAGAUCGUCUGCGAGAGAUCGAUCAGCAGUUCGCGCUCCCUUUGUGGAUUUGAUGGAUGUUUGACCGGUGGAUGUGAUGCCCAUAUAUAUCAUCGACCGAAAAUUUCCCGACAUAUCUGGUGAGUUCAUACAGCCGGCGACUGAAGGAGGAGACCCGAGAAUGACAGAGACCAACACCCCCAAGUCGGCUAAAAAGCCCCGCUGGACCUCCCUGGAGAUCGGCCUCAUUACUAUUGUCUCUUUGCUCUUCAUCGUCAUUGUUGCGCUCAUCAUCCUCUUCGCAACACAGAAAAACGAUGAAAUCUGCACCACGGCUGACUGCACGCAGUCAGCGUCUCGUCUCAUCGAGAACAUGGACGCCAACGUGGACCCCUGUGACAACUUCUACCAGUACGCCUGCGGAGGCUGGCUUAAAAAGAACAUCAUCCCGGAGACCAGCUCUCGAUACAGCACCUUCGACAUCCUACGAGACGAACUGGAGGUCAUCCUCAAAGGUGUCCUUGAAAAAACUGUGGAGGGGGAGGCUGCCGCUCUCACCAAGGCUAAGACCCUUUACAAGUCCUGCACCAAUGAGAGUUUGAUUGAGCUCAGAGGGGGGGCUCCUCUGCUCGAAAUGCUGCCUGACGUGUUCGAGUGGCCCAUAGCCGUGGACAACUGGGAGACCGCAUAUGGGGGAAGAUGGAGGUUGGAGGAUGUCAUCGCCAGGCUGAACGAGAAAUACGGAACUCAGCUCUUGGUCAACUUUUUCGUCGGCACGGACGACAGAGACUCCAACUCGCAUAUAAUUCAUUUCGACCAGCAGACGAGCCUGGGCCUCUUGUCCAGAGAUUAUUACACCUGCACUGGCCCCUACGCAGAGGCAUGUCGGGCCUACGAGCAGUUCAUGAUUGACCUCGCUAAGCUGAUCCGCACUGACCGGAAACUGGACAUCAACGAGACGCGCAUUAAGGAGGAGGUGACACGAGUUAUGGACUUGGAGAGGGACAUCGCCAACGCCACUGAUACACCAGAGGACCGUAACAACCCAGUGUUGCUUUAUAACAAGAUGGAGCUGGGGGACCUGAACGCCAACUUCACCCUUGAGGUCGAAUCACAGGUAUUUGACUGGAGUUACUUCACAGCUAAGAUAAUGGACACAGUCAACAUCAGCGUUCCCAAUACAGAGAAGAUCAUAAACUACUCCCCCAACUAUUACAGAAGACUCAACCUUGUGUUGGCCAAAUACACCAAGAGGGAUCUGCAGAACUACAUGGUGUGGCGCUUUGCCAUGAACAUGGUGGUGGGCCUGAGCAGAUCCUACAGGGACACCAGGAAAGCUUUCCGCAAGGCUCUGUCUGGCACAACGUCAGAGGCGGCCGUGUGGCGACAGUGCGCGCUUUAUGUCAACAACAACAUGGACAACGCUGUGGGCCGGCUCUACGUGCAGGAGGCCUUCUCCGAAAAGAGCAAAGAACUGAUGGAGGAGAUGAUUAAAGACAUUCGGGAAGUGUUCAUUAGCAACCUCGAUGACCUGACCUGGAUGGAUGCAGAGACCAAGAAAGCAGCCGAGGAGAAGGCCCGGGCUAUUCGGGAGCGGAUCGGCUAUUCCGACAACAUCAUGGAUGACAAAUACCUUAACAAUGAGUACAAAGACCUGAGCUACAGUGCAGAGGAGUACUUUGAAAACAUCCUACAGAACCUGGAGUAUGUGCAGAAGAAACGCCUGCGGAAACUCCGAGUCAAAGUCAACAAAGAGGAGUGGGUGACCGGGGCCGCUGUUGUCAACGCCUUCUACUCAUCCAGCAAAAACCAAAUAGUGUUCCCAGCCGGCAUCCUUCAGCCCCCUUUCUUCAGCAAAGGCCAACCCAAGUCUCUCAACUACGGCGGCAUCGGCAUGGUAAUCGGUCACGAGAUCACGCACGGCUUUGAUGACAACGGCCGUAACUAUGAUAAGGAUGGUGACCUGAAGGACUGGUGGACCCCGGACUCAACUCACCGGUUCCUGGAGCUGUCAAAGUGCAUCGUCGAUCAGUACGGCAACUUCUCCUGGGACCUGGCCAAUGGACUGCACUUAAACGGCAACAACACCCUCGGGGAGAACAUUGCUGACAACGGAGGGAUUCGACAGGCGUAUCAGGCGUACAGGGACUAUGUGAAGGAGCACGGAGAGGAGGCGCCACUGCCUGGCAUCAACCUUUCCCACGAUCAACUCUUCUUCCUUAACUUUGCUCAGGUGUGGUGUGGAACGCACCGACCGGAGCAAGCUGUUAAUUCCAUUAAAGUGGAUGUUCACAGUCCGGGGAAAUUCAGGGUGCUGGGCUCCCUUCAGAAUUUCCCAGAAUUUGCCAAAGCGUUCAACUGCAACAAAAGCAGCUACAUGGUCCCCGACAACGUCUGCCGCGUUUGGUGAUCCACGGAUCCCUGGGAUGCGUCGUCCCCGUCUCCCUAAAGUACCUCUCCCCUCUGACUGUUGGAGCGGGGGCUACGGGGAAAUAGAAGCUUCCCUCGUCCUCUUUUACUGGAUGGACCAUGGCUGGUGGACUGACACUGCAGUAUGCACUUCAUCCGAGGACAGCCGCAGACUGUGCCUCCACAGGCAGACGGACCACUGUCCCUUAGACUCUGUUACUGUAGUUCAUUCAAUCAGCCUGAUUACUCUCCUGCUCACUGGAUUCAAUCAGUUUUUAUUUCCUCUCAUCGUGUUUUACUUAUCAUUUAUGAGUCUGCCAAUGUGUAUUUGUGAGUGCGUAUGUGAGUGUCUUUCGGUCAAAAUACUGUGGAAGCAGUUGGCGAGAGAGGGGGCAAGCAGGCAAAUGUGCUCAACCCACUGGUGUACGAAUACACCACACACCCACUCACACUGGUAUACAUGUAACAGGGCUGUACCACUGUACUGUAUGUGGGACUGAGCUGUAUGGCUCUCAUGAAACCUCAGGUGGUUUCAGCCUUCAUCUACAUGCUGACGCACUCUACAAUGUACUCGAAAUGUACUCUUUGUUUAUUACAUAAAACUAGAUUAGAUAAAUUAUCACAGAAAAUCUGAACCUAUUUUGUUGAAUAGACCAGUUAAGUAUUUAACCGUGAUCGCAUAUUACGCAGUACAGUUCUAUAUUUAAUGUUGAUGAUCUUGCUGCAGUUGACAGCUGGCUGCUGUUCGUUAGCAGAAUGAAGAUAAUAAACCAAAAUGAAGUUUUUGCCUUUAAGAUGACAGCUGAUCACGAAUCACUGAGAUGACAAUCGACAGACACCAGACCCUUCUCUUGUGUUCUCUGAGCCUCCCGUGUGUUUCGGUGUGGAUGUAUGUCUACGUGUCUUUUCCAAUUCUUUGUAAGUCAUUUUGUAUCACUGCCUGCUGUUUUGUCAAGCAAACUGGUAUGCCUUACAGUCGUGUCGUCACGUGUGAGUGUGUAUGUGUCUUCACGGGAGAACAAAGAUUUAAGAAAAUGUUUCAUUAAAGAAGUAGUUUGACUUUUUCCACA